GAACGAGCAGUUGAGCAAGCAGCUGCCAUCUUUCCGACAGUGUCAAAGCUCAGCAGCAUUCAGACCGGGCGGACUGGUCUGCUCUUCUGCGCCUCCUGAAUAAUGAAUGUGACGCGCACAUUGCGGCUCUCUCUGCGGCUGUGAGGGAGGCGGGUCGCGCAUGCAUUAUGCAAAAAUGAGACCGACUCGACCGAAAGCUCCUCCUCUCUCGCUCCAAACAGGCUUUAGGAAGUUAUAGGACACAGUGCCUCUCUUAUUGUUCUUGGCCAGGCCUGGGAAUACGAGAGCUGCGCUGUUUUGACGCAAUUAAAUGGGUGAUUACGGGUUCGGCUUGUUGCAGACAGCGAACAUCAUCAGCAGCAGCAGCGCCGCACUGUUCGGCGGAGGUGCGUUCACACCCUACUCCAGCCCGUCUCCGGUGCGCCCCAGCAGCUCGCCUCCGGUGUCCCCUCUUUUCCCGUCACAUCCGCGCAACAUGCAGGAUGAGCCUGCGGGGUUGACAGCUUCUCAGUCCAGCGAGCAGAGCAGCGCCUCCGACAACGACCUGAGCCGUUUCUCCGCUGUAGGUCACGCACAGACAGCCGGUGACCUUCAGCACGACCGAAACAUACAUCAGCAGGCUGAGCCGCCGCAGCAGCAGCCGUACUCCUCCUCCUCCACGGGCCUGGACACCGAUGCGCCAUCGUCCAAGGUGAAGACCCAGAUGGAGUCUCCGAGCGCCCACCACAUCAACAACGGCACCGGCGGCAGUAACAUGCUCGCGGCCGCUUUCCCGGAGAUGCAGAACCCCGGGGGCGGCGGCGGCUCUGCUUCCCCCACCCUGCCCGGCUUCGGAACACCGUGGUCCGUGCAGACGAGCUCACCGCCUCCGCACGUCUCCAAUUCCGCUAACGCAAUAAACCAGAUCCCCACCACCGAGCCUGACAACUACUACCCGGGCAUCCCCUCCUCAAUCAACCCCGGCUUCUUCCAGAGCUUCUCGGCCAACCCGUGCCCAGUGCAGGGCUUCAGCAGCCCCUUUCCCCCCCAGAUCAACGUCCCCCCGCAGGCACCGCAGAGCCGCCGGUCCCCGGUCAGCCCGCAGAUUCCCCCGCAGCAGGGCGCCUUUCUGCAGCAGAGGAACAACUACAACCACCACCACCAGCCCAUGAUGAAGCAGUCGCCGUGGGGCAGCCAUCAGGGCAGCGGCUGGCCCUCUGGAGGGGUGUCCUGGGGCAGAGACCAUCGGCGCGGGGGCGGCAUGGGUGUGCCCGGCUCGGUCAACCAGAUCUCUCCCAUGAAGAAACCCUUCUCCAGCAACGUCAUCGCCCCGCCCAAGUUUCCCCGCUCCGCCGGCUCUCUGGGACCUAAAUCCUGGAUCGAAGAAAACAUGUACCGUACCGACAACAACAGCAACACGCUGCUGCCGCUGCAGGAUCGCUCCAGGAUGUAUGACAGCUUGAACAUGCACUCGUUGGAGAGCUCCCUGAUCGACAUCAUGAGGGCGGAGCAGGACCCUCUGAAGGGCCGUGUGGGAUGCCCCCACCCAGGCACUGACAGCCUACUCAUGCUCAAUGCCAGGAGCUAUGGGAGACGACGAGGACGUUCCUCACUCUUCCCCAUCGAUGACGGUCUUCUAGACGACGGCCAUGGCAACCAGGGGGUCCUGGGGUCUCCUCACUGUUACCCCCAUCAGAACGGGGAGCGCAUCGAGAGGUUCUCCCGCAAAGUGUUUGUGGGUGGUCUGCCCCCUGACAUCGAUGAAGAUGAAAUCACAAGCAGUUUUCGGCGCUUUGGUCAUCUGUUUGUUGAUUGGCCACACAAAGCAGAGAGCAAGUCAUACUUCCCACCUAAAGGUUACGCCUUCCUCCUGUUCCAAGAAGAGAGCUCAGUUCAGGCGCUGAUCGAAGCCUGUCUGGAGGAGGAUGGGAAACUCUACCUGUGUGUGUCCAGCCCCACCAUCAAAGACAAGCCUGUCCAGAUUCGUCCUUGGAACCUGAGUGACAGUGAUUUUGUGAUGGAUGGAUCUCAGCCGCUGGACCCUCGUAAGACCAUCUUUGUUGGAGGAGUGCCACGUCCACUCAGAGCUGUGGAGCUGGCCAUGAUCAUGGACCGCUUGUAUGGUGGAGUGUGUUACGCGGGUAUUGACACUGAUCCAGAGCUGAAGUACCCAAAGGGGGCGGGGCGUGUGGCCUUCUCCAAUCAGCAGAGCUACAUUGCUGCCAUCAGUGCCCGAUUCGUCCAGCUGCAGCAUGGCGACAUCGACAAACGGGUGGAGGUGAAGCCGUACGUGCUGGACGACCAGCUGUGCGACGAAUGCCAGGGGGCACGUUGUGGCGGAAAGUUCGCCCCAUUCUUUUGCGCCAAUGUCACCUGCCUGCAGUAUUACUGUGAGUUCUGCUGGGCAAACAUCCACUCCCGCGCCGGCCGCGAGUUCCACAAGCCGCUGGUCAAAGAGGGAGCCGACCGCCCCCGCCAGAUCCACUUCCGCUGGAACUGAAGACGGGGAUCCCGGGAGCGCCGGGAGCGGCAGCAUGCAAGACGACGCAGAAACAACACGUCUGCUGCGGGAAGAAAACAAUGCUUAGUUUGGCCCCUGAACCCAAGCUGUCAGUAUAGAGUACAUAACCAUAUACAGUAUAUAGAGAAUAUAUAUGACUAUAAAUAUAUAAAUAUAUCUUUAUCUUUUGUAGCAGCCAGAAACACUACAAGCCUCAGUUUAUUUCACCAAACCACUUCGUUCUCCUCCCUCCCUGUGCAUCUCAGGCUCGGAACAGAGUUUUUGUGGUACGUUCAUGUUUUUUAAAAAGGAGAUUAAGAAAAAAAAAGAGAUUGAUUUUUUGUAGUUUUUUCAAAUUAUUUUUAUAUGUGAGAUUUAAAAAGUAGAAAAGAGAAUGUUUUCGCUUUGGGGGGCAGCCUGUCCGUUCUGUUCAUUCGUUCUGUCCGUCGUGUGUCCGUCUGCUGCUAAAUCUCCCCCCUAGUGGGCAAAGUGCGCAAUUGUCUCUGGAAAACCCUUGAUGACGUAAUCUCUGAUGCCUGCCCUGGAUCUCGAACCAAAGGUAGCAAAAUGUGCAGCCUGAAAACGAGACGUUCGCCGCGGAAUAUACAAAAAAAAAAAAAA